CGCGCGUAUACGCGCGGCGACUGUUCAUGUCUUCUCAAUCUCGCGAUAUCGUUGAAGAAACUUUAACUGCCGUCUCUGCGACAAUUUUGCAUUUUAAAUGUUAACUUCAAAGUGUUGAUAUUUAAUUGUUCAUAUUUGGUAUUAUUUGGUAUUGUUCAUAUUCAAUAUUUUAUGUUGGAAAAGAGGUAAAAUGUGUGCAGUCGUAUCUCUACGCGAGCAGCUUCUCGCGAUCGAUAGAAAAGUCGAGUCUUUCCAAUAUUGGUGCUCGCACUGCGUGCGUGAGUGCGUGCGUGAUAUUCGGUUGCAAAGAAAGGCGAAGAAGGGAAGCGAGCACGGGUGAAGUGCAUCAGGUGUAUCGAGUGGUGGUAGAGUUACGCGCGCUGACGAGAAGCAAACGCGACGCCUGCGAGACUUGUGUGCUUUUAGUGUCAAUCUUCAUUUCAUGACACGUCUCGACGGUUUUUCGUUCUCGUGCAGACACGUGACCGCGUAGUUUCCAAAGCACGGAUCGUUGUGUGCAUUACGAACUGGCCAUUUCAUCCUUGUUGUUAUCAGAAUAACGACGGUCUGGAACGUCAUGGAUGUUAAGUUUAAUGCACCACAACGUAGAAUGCCCCAGGAAGGUACGAUGCUCUCCUGGCAAAACUUAUCCGUAUACGCGGUGGAUCAGAAUCGACGUACCAUAAGCAAGCAGCUCAUCAACAGCGUCCGAGGUGUGGUGCGGCCUGGCGAACUCACCGCGAUCUUGGGCGGCAGUGGUGCUGGAAAAAGCUCGUUGAUGACCGCACUGGCAUUCCGCACAGAAUGUAGGUAGAAUUUUCAGAUACAGCCUUGGCUAUGCGAGUAUAAAGCACUCUCAGUUUAUCGCAUUUUUGUUGGAGAUGGUGUUAAUAAAGACCAAAGAAGAAA